GUACCUUUGAUACGUGGCUCUAGUAAGCAUUGUAGCUAACACAGGUCACUGAUUCCCAAAGACCUUUUGUAUGUAGACGCAUUUUACGUCUCUGAUAUCCAAAACAAGAUGCUACUUUGGGGCACUCAAUAUUUUCCUAGUGUAGCGACCUAUUAGGGCCCUUAAUUAUCAGUGCGGCUUGCGGCGGUCACCCGGUACGCUACGCGCAAACGCGUCAUUAAAACCGGCAGAAUCAUCUCUCGUUCAUUAACACCUCCCCAGCAAGGUCGAGAUAUUCCACCAGCUCCUUGACGUCAAGGGAAUUAAAAGCUACUUUGGAUAGUAGCGCAUACCAAACAACGCUGCUAUGCCUCCCCGUGGAUCCCGUAAAGCAGCGACUAGUGCUGUCUCUCAAUCGCCACCACGCUCGCCUCAAAGCCCUGGAGCUAAUAAACGAAAGAUUGAGGGCAACCACGAGCCGAAAUCCCCGUUAAGGAGAUCGAAACGCGUCAAAUCAACAGAAGCUCUAGGAAAUCCGCCUUCGCCGGCGAAAGAAAAGGUUACUUCCAGAGGACGAAAGACGCAGAAGAGUGCGCCAAAAAGCAACGAGGAGGGUGCAGUUCUCUCCGUCAAAGAAGAGGCCGAGGAGGAAGUAAAGGUCAACGUCAAGGCAGAGCUUGAUCAGGGAGGUGCGACAAAGCAUGAAGAAGCAGAUGUAAAGACGGCAGUGACAGGAACAGUUUCAAAGAAAAGAAAAACGAAGAAGGAAAAAGAAUUAGAGAUGGUACCCUUGAGGGCCAGGACACAGGGGCUGCGCAUGUGCGUAGGGGCCCAUGUUAGUGCAGCCAAAGGCGUCUUCAAUGCCAUCAACAACAGCAUGCACAUUGGCGGCAACGCAUUUGCCUUGUUCCUGAAGUCGCAAAGGAAAUGGGACAACCCACCUCUGCAAGAUGACCACAGAGAUAAUUUCCGCCGUUUAUGCAUAGAAAACAAAUAUGACGCUGCAAAGCAUAUCCUCCCUCACGGCUCAUAUCUCGUCAACCUGGCCCAAGAAGAUAAAGCCAAGGCGAAGCAAGCCUACGAUUCCUUCCUGGAUGACCUUCGUCGCUGUGAAGCACUCGGCAUCAACCUAUACAACUUCCACCCAGGAAGUGCAAACCAGAGCAAUUUCUCCGAUGCCUUAUCACGACUGGCUAAAGCACUUACAAAUGCCCUUGCCGCUACGUCAACAGUCACGCCUGUUCUUGAGACGAUGUGCGGCCACGGAACCACGAUCGGUGGCAAGCUGACUGAAUUCCGUGAUCUCCUCGCCAUGAUUCCACAAGAGUAUCAUCCUCGCAUCGGAAUCUGCAUUGAUACCUGCCACAGCUUCGCAGCAGGAUAUGACCUUGCUUCGCCCGAAGGAUUCAAAGCCUUUAUGAAAGAGUUCGAAGAUGUGAUUGGUCUGCAGCAUCUCCGUGCUCUUCACUUAAACGACUCCAAAGCACCACGGGGUAGCAAACGUGAUCUUCAUGCAAACAUCGGGACAGGAUUCUUGGGCCUCCGGGCUUUUCACAAUGUCAUGAACGAACCCCGCUUCGAGGGACUGCCUAUGGUCCUUGAGACGCCUAUCGAUCGACCAGUGUCCUCCAUAUCUAAGGGUUCCGCGCAAAAGGGUGGCGAAGAAGACAGCGAUAGCGCAGCCGACACUUUGAAAAACAAGAAGAAACAGCCGAAAAAACCAGCUAGUGCAAAGGAGCCUACGGUCGCUGAUCCCUCCGUCUGGGCCCGGGAGAUUGAACUCCUCGAAUCCCUGAUCGGGAUGGACCCCGAAAGUCCAGAAUUUCGUGCCCUUGAAGCUCAAUUAGCUGAAGAAGGAUGCGAAAUGCGAGAGAAACAGCAGGAGCAAUACGAACGGAAAUUAGAGGCCGUGGAGAAAAAGAAAACAAAGAGUCCCGGGAAGAAAAGCCAGAAAACGUUGAUGGAAAUGAUGAACGGAGCAGGAAAGAAGGGCAAAGCAAACAAGGUUUCGAAUGAUGACAGUGAAGAUGAGGGAUGUCAAAGUCACACCGAGUAGCGGUGGGCAACAAUUUAUAAUCGUCACAAUCUGAAGCACAAAUGGUGUCCAUUACAUAUCUACAAAUGUAUUUAUACUCAGCUUGGUGACUCUUAAGGUGCAAUGGCACGUGAUAUAGCUCCAUCGGUUUCUGAAUCAGAUUAAUGCAAACUACCAACUACAGAUGCAGCAGC